AUGGCCAUCGAAACCACCUCUUCGUUGAACUCGUCCGAUGGCGCUGCUCCUGCAGGCGAGAAGCACCCUAUCCACAAUGUGGACUCUACCAACUCUGACAACGAGUCUCUGGGUUACGACACUAAAAGUACCGAACGCUUACUCAGGAAAAUUGACUUUGCCCUGAUCCCCUUUCUGGCUUUGCUCUACCUACUGAGUUUCCUCGACCGUACAAAUAUUGGCAAUGCCCGUCUCCAGCACCUUGAGACCGAUCUCAAUAUGGACCCAAAGAGCCUUAAGUACAAUAAUGCUCUCGCUAUCUUCUUCCCAUUUUAUGUGGCUGCAGAAAUUCCGAGCAACAUCAUGAUGAAGAAGUCUCGUCCCUCAAUCUGGAUCCCUACUAUCAUGAUUGCUUGGGGUGUUGUCUGUACUCUCAUGGGAGUUGUCCACAAUUACCAAGGAUUGAUGGCGGCUCGCGUCUUUCUGGGUAUUGCGGAAGGCGGUUUGUUCCCAGGCGUGACAUACUAUAUCACCAUGUGGUACAAGCGCCACGAAUGCGGAUUCAGGAUGGCUAUUUUUUUUUCUGCUGCAACCGCUGCUGGCGCAUUUGGCGGUCUGCUUGCCCGCGGUAUCGGCGAGAUGAACGGCGUUGCUGGUCGAAGUGCUUGGUCAUGGAUUUUCAUCUUCGAAGGUCUUCUUACGUUCGUGAUCGCUCUGAUAGCGUUCUGGGCCAUGAACGAUUAUCCUGAUACGGCAAACUUUCUGUCCCAAGGCGAGAAAAAUGAGGUACAGCGUCGUCUCAAGGAGGACCGUAGUGCUCUGGACGACCGCCCGCAGGCUACUUACUUCUGGGACGCUCUUAAGGAUUGGAAGAUCUGGGUGCACAUGUUCAUCACCAUCGGCAUUUACACACCGCUUUACUCCUUCUCACUCUUUCUGCCGACCAUUGUCAAAACACUAAAUUACACCGACAACAUGGCACAGCUAAUGACAGUCCCGCCAUAUGUCGUUGCGUGUGUAUUCUGCAUCUCGGGCGGAUACCUUGCCGACAAGCACAAGCAACGCGGUAUCUAUAUGAUCGGGUUCAACCUCCUUGCUAUCGUUGGCUUUUCUCUGCUAUGUGGCUCCGCCAAACCGCAUGUCAAAUACGCCGGCACCUUCCUUGCCGCCUCUGGCAUCUACCCCAACGUCCCGCAAGGUGUAGCAUGGAACGGCAACAACAUCGGCGGCUCAUUCAAGCGUGCCGUUGGCAUUGCCAUGCACGUCGGAUUCGGCAAUCUCGGUGGUGUCGUGGCCGCUUACAUCUACCUACCAAAAGAUUCGCCUCAAUUCCGUACCGGCCAUGCCAUACUUAUCGGAACGCUAUCCAUUAGCACCAUCCUGUGUAUCGGUAUGACCGCAUAUCUGCGCUAUGAGAAUUCACGACGAGAUCGCGAGAACACGAAAGCCCCUGCAGAUUACACUGUGGAUGAGAAGACGGUGGAGAUGCACAAGGGGGACAAUGCGACCUUCUUUCGCUAUACGGUUUAG